CUCCUGCGCGCCCCCGCGCUCCGCGGCGCGCACUGCAUGGGCCACAUCGUGUCCCUGGUGCUGCUGCUGCUGCCGCUGCGCUCGCUGGUGAAGCUCUACCUGCACCUCCUCAGCGGGCUGCUGCUCAGCGCCGGCCACUCACUGGCCAGGGACUACGUGCACCAGGAGCUGGAGUCCGGCUUCCAGGGCGCUGUGCUCCGUGAGCCCGCGGCGCUCAGGGCCUCCAUCAGCACCCUGGCAGCCCAGCUCUGCCUCUGUGCCCCGUGCUCGCUGCUGCUGCGGUGCCGGCGGCCGUGGCUGCUGCUGGCUCCGGUGCUGCCGGUGCUGGCGCGGCUCUGCGGGCUGCCCCCGCCGGCGCUGCCCCUGCUCCACGCCGCGGCCGCGCUGCUCACCCUCACCGUGCUGCUCUGCCUGCUGGGCCCCCACCUCCUGCCCCCCGUGCGCCUGGCGGCCGCCGCCGCCACCGACCUCAUGGAGGCGCUGGAGCUGAACCGGCUGCUGGCGCUGGGGGUGUCCCUAUGGAGCCGCCUGGCCGUGCCCCUCCUCUUCCUCGCCUUCUGGCUCGUGCUCUUCUCCCUGCAGCUCUGCGCCUUCCUCGCCUCGUCCGGCACCCCCCUGAGCGCGCAGGGCUUCCUCCUCCUCCUCCUCAGCAGCGCGGCAGAGUGCUGCAGCACUCCCUACGCCCUGCUCGGCCUCACCUUCACCGUCUCCUACCUGGCCCUGGGGCUCCUCAGCCUCUGCAAGUUCUACCUGGUGGGGUUCAGCGCCUUCCACACCGGCAACGGCACGCACCGGGGGGUGACGGAGGGGGUGACGCUGCUGCUGCUGGCGCUGCAGACGGGGCUGCUGGACCUGCCGGCGCUGCAAAGGACCUUCCUGCUCAGCAUCAUCCUCUUCAUCGUGCUCACCUCCACGCUCCAGUCCAUGAUCGAGAUCGCGGACCCCAUCCUGCUGGCGCUGGGGGCCUCCCGCAACAGGAGCCCCUGGAAGCACUUCCGCGGUGUCAGCCUGUGCCUCUUCCUGCUGGUGUUCCCCUGCUUCCUCGCCUACAAGAUCGCCCACUUCUUCCAGCUGGAUUUCUGGCUGCUCGUCCUGGUCUCCAGCUGCAUGCUCACCUCGCUGCAGGUGAUGGGCACGCUCUUCAUCUACGCGCUCUUCCUGGCGGAGCCGGUGCGGGAGGCGGCGCCGGGGCGCGUGGACGAGGCCGUUUACUGCGUGCGGGCGCUGAGCCGGGCGCUGGAGUUCCUGCUGGCGCUGAGCGUGGUGGCCUGCGGGGCCUGGGAGUCGGUGCUGGGGCAGUGGAGCUGGCUGGGGGCCGCCGUGCUGCUCACCCACGCCUACCUCAACGUGUGGCUGCGGGCGCGCUGCGGCUGGCGCAGCCUCCGCCUGCGCCGGGGGGCGGACAGGAAGGUGCGGACCCUGCCCAGGGCCACGCGCGGGCAGCUGCGGCUGCACGAUGAUGUCUGCGCCAUCUGCUUCCAGGACUUGGCCGUGGCCGUGGUCACCCCCUGCAGCCACCUCUUCCACGCCGCCUGCCUGCGCCAGUGGCUCUGCCUGCAGGACUCCUGCCCCAUGUGCCACCAGCAGCUCCCGUGCGGGGACCAGGCCCAGGAGGAGGAGGAGGAGGAGGAGGAGGAGGAGGAAGGCAGCGCGAGGGCCCGGCCGCAGCCCCAUGGAGGGGACGGGGAGGAGGGCGCGGAGGAUGCAGGAGCAUCCCCGCACCAUCGCCCCCCUCAUCCUCACGCCUCCAGUGCCACGCAGCAUCCGGCCCCCCCCGAGCUCCCUGCUCACCCCCCGUAG